AUGUCAAUCAUAUCCUUCAUCUUCCGCAUUCUCCCAAUUCUCCUCCUCACAACGCCCGCCGCCUCCCUUGUUACCGGUCCUGUAACUCUCACCGCUAAUAUGCCACGCAGCACUUCUGCCCCCCUCACAGACUGCGCUUCUGUCUGCGCACUCAUGGAGAUGCAGAUACACCAACCACCCGGGCCAGAUCAAGGCUCACUGUUCCAAAGCCUGUGCAUAAACUCCGGGAGAAAGGACUGUGACACUGUACAGGCAGAGUUCAGAGUCGAGCUUGUUGGUAAAGCGGACGGGUUUAAGUGUCUUUGUGCGAGAAAUGGUGUCCCAGGGGAAGAGUACUCGAGCACUACUACGACAACUAGUACUAGUACUAUUACAAUGACAGAAGGGGAUGUACCCGCCGCGGAUACUACUAGUGCCCCUGCAACUGAGGAAGCAGCCAGCACUGGCACCGCAGAGCUAGACAAGGUCGCAGAUGUGGCAUCUGUAGCUACGCCCUCAGUAUCUAUAAAUACGGAAUCAAUACAACCAUCUACAAUAUUGAGUACGCAUACCACAUUGUCAACAAUUAGAUAUGCUGUCUCACCCACUUCCAAGUCUUCCACCACCAGUUCCGCCUCUAAAGCGACACCAUCAAAUUCGGAGGCAGAACUAAAUACAGUCAACCAGCCACAACCCUCAAAGAAGCCUAAAUCAGGGGCUGUCGUAGGAAUUGUACUUGGUGUGCUAGCUGUGUGUGCAAUCAUUGCCGGUGGAGUGUGGUAUAUCAGGAAAAGACAGAUGGCGAAGGUUGCGGAAAACAAGUUUGACUAUGAUUAUUAG